CGUCUCUUCCCAAUGCCACCCCGUGACGGCAUCUCUCUAUUCAGGCUUAUCUGAUUCAAAACACUGUCAUCUUUCCCAUAAAACAACACUACUCUUUCGUGAGAGAGACCUUGCGGCCUCAUUUCUCAAGUGAAAAUGAGGACAGCCAAAGAAGGUAAGAGAAGCCAGAACUAGAGUUCCCCAUCGUCGCCUUUAGGGACAGGACACCAACCACUCUUUCCUCCUCUGGGCUCAAUCCAACCUCAACGGGGUCUAGUCCAAAUAAAUCCACACUCACUCCUUCCACCUCUCUCCUAGACCGCGAACUCAUCACCGAAGAUGCCACUACUCUGUUCGAAGACCUCCGAAUCUCCCCAGAAUCCAACCCUCGGAGCUUCCCCUAUAAUGUGAAGCAGCAGUGCUAGGACAAGUCCGAGAAGGUUCGAGGUCAAGACUCGGACUGUUGGUGCCGAGACGCCAUCGGCAACAUCGUCUUUUGGAAGCUCGUGGGUUGCCCAGGAUGUCUCUAUCAUGAUUAUGACCACAUUUUACCUUACUCUAAGAUUUGAAGUGCUAGAUGAGGAACUGGGUGAUGAUGAUGAGGGUGGUGGCCAACGGAAGUACAAGCUACCCAUGUCGAAUAUUAUUCCUUUCCCCAAGAGAAAUGACCCUUCUACUGCCCAGGAUUUCCCUCCUGGAAGACAAGUGUUGGUUGGCUAUCCAGGAACAACUGCAAUUUAUAAGGCAACUGUUGUACAACAACCACAAAGGUAACGUUUUUCUUCCCCCUGGCUGCUAUAACAGAAGUUAUGUUCAUUUCAUAGGAAUUCCAUUCUUCUGUAGGUUCUUGCCCUUUGACCAAACAAGUUUAUCAUGAACUAACUAAUAAUUGUGUUGUGCAUGUUUGUGGUACUCUCAACCAUUCGUAAUAUUUUCAGAGGAAGACAGAUGAGCAGGUAAUACCAUCUAUGUGUUUCAUCCUUAGCAUCCCGAGUUUUUGGAGUACCUUGCUAGAAAUUUUUCUAGAGAAAUUAAGGAUCUUAGUUAUGUGCAGAUUGGUGUAAUGAUGGAGUAUUUUGACUAUUAAAAGUUUCAUCAUUACUCCUUUUUGUGUUCCUUUUCUGGUUUAUCAUUUGACAGAUUUUCCUCAUUAUGGCUUUCAAUAUCUGAUCUGUCUGUUUCUGCCAUUUUUCAGAUCUGGUCUUGAACUUUGGUAAACAUUCCACCUAGUAUUUUGAAUGGCUUUGUGGUGCAAACUUCGGAUGACUAAAAUUGACAAGAUUGGAAGCGAAGACAAUGUUGAAUUAAUGGAUCUGGUCUUUUGUUUGUUACUAGCCAAACCAGUUCAAGGUGGAAUUUUUUUUGCUCUUUUGUUGUUUGGAUUUUAAUGAAAUGAGUUGCUGCUUGGAUACUAGUACAUCAUAUUCGUAUCAUUAUAUGCAGCUUCUUUUGUGUCCAGUUGUGGAGAUGUACUUGGUGUUACUUAUGUAGAUGGUAGACUCGGAAUUAUGUGUGCAAACACUUGUUGUGUUAUGGAGAUGCUAUAGUGUAGUUUGUGUAGAUGAUGUAUAGCUUGGUAGCAUCCACCAUGUGUAGCCUGUGUAUAUCCUGAUC